AUGGAUCCUGGUCGUGGUCGAGGUCGAGGUCGCGGUCGCAGCCCCGGAGGAGGCGACCAUCCGGGUUCCAGGGGGAAAUCUUCGCGUCCCUCUUCUCAUUCUUCUCACCGUCACCGUCCUCUUGGAGCAGAUGGGUCUUCUUCUGAUGAGAAACCUUUUAGCAGUAGGGAUGCAAUGUCGCAGAACAGAAAAAGAAACUCGCUGCAGAACCCACGAGGAGGGUUUUCAAGGUAUCCCGGUAGGGGAACUCCUCUGGGUUGUGUUUACCGCCCAAAGACACCAUUAGGAAACGGACUUUCUAUUGCUGAUGAUGUGGAAGAACCAAACAAGUCAUUAGAAGAUAGCAUGUCUAGUACGGAAAGGCUCCUGCCCAUCCAUACUGCUCCCAGUUGCAGCAGUAUUGGAUCAAAUCAAUCAGAUUGUUCUGUGGCUUCAAAUUCAGUUAAUGAGGGUGAUUCUGCAUUGAUGCCAGCUAUCUCAGGUUCUCUGGAUAUGCAGCCUGAUACUACUAGCAUUCGGCUGGAAGAGGAGGCAAGGGAUGGUGCAGCAAACCUUGAUUUCUCUGAUAAACUGAAUAUUGUCCCAUUGCAAAAUCAGACUGAGCCUCACCUGCCAUUUCAAGCUGGUGUUAAUGACCAGCUUUCACAAGAAAAAUGUUCCAAUAAUGCUGCAUCUGGUGGGGAUUCAGAGCAACAGGCAGUGUUUAAGCCUUUUGAUAUUUGCUUGCCCAAUACUGGAACUACUUUCAAGCUGAAACCUUCUUUGCUUGUGAAGAAUAGAGAAAAGAGAAACGAAGUCAGGUGUGCUAAAAACGAGGUACAAGGAGAAAUACUAAGAUCUGGGAUGGUUUUACUAAAGAAUUACUUACGCCUUGAUGAUCAGAAAAAAAUAGUAAAGCUAUGCCGAGACAUUGGUCUGGGUCCUGGAGGUUUCUACCAACCAAUUUACCGUGAUGGUGGAAGAAUGCACCUGAAAAUGAUGUCCCUUGGUAAAAGUUGGAACCCUGAUAGAAGUGAGUAUGUAGAGCAUCGGCCCAUUGAUGGUGCUGCAGCACCCACUUUUCCUAGUGAAUUUUAUCCGCUGGUUGAGAGAGCAAUCAAAGCUUCCCGUGUUCUUAUAGAAAGAAAUGAUAAAUCUACAUGUGCUGAAGACAUUCUGCCAUCAUUGUCACCAAAUAUCUGUGUUGUAAACUUUUACUCACAAAGUGGGCGGCUCGGUCUUCAUCAGGAUAAAGAUGAAAGUCAAGACAGUCUUCGCAAAGGAUUACCAGUGGUUUCCUUUUCCAUAGGAGAUGCAGGAGACUUCCUAUUUGGUGAUCAGAGGGAUGUUGAGAAGGCAAAAAAUGUUUUGCUGGAAUCCGGAGAUGUUCUUGUCUUUGGUGGGAAGUCUCGGCAUAUUUUUCAUGGGAAUGUAGGGCCUCGUGGAAUGGAACAUUGCGACUUGCAAGAGCUGGAGAGGGCGAGCCAUGCUGGAGAAGCAGGGCACAUGCUAAAUCUAUCAGCAUGA